AUGGUUCACCCGCCUGUGCCGGUGCGGUGCAACGCCUCGGAGCCCGAACACGACGGCAUGCUCAAACGCCUUCGAGUUCACAGUGGAUGCCGGACCUGUGCCUUGGAAGGUCUGCUCGGCACCGGACUUGACGAAGACGAUCGGGUGCUGGUUAUGGACACCUGCGGCAGUCCCAACGUGGUGCCCCUGUUUCCCUCGGCAGGUCUUUCUCAGGAAGUUGGCAGCAGUGGGGCUUACGUUUCCUGGGGGAAUGCUGUCAUCACUUCGAAGGGUGGAGCAUAUAGACUGUGCUGGUGUAGUCGAGACUUGAACACCAGCUAUUCGGAAAAUGCGUCUGACCCAGAGUGCAGCGUGCCAACUGCAUUUGGAGUCGACUUCGGCACGCCUGUGCUCCGUGGACCUGCAGAGCUUGCAAAGCCACUUUACUGCAUUCUGGGUGACGAUUGCGUCAUGCAGCCUGUUUCUGGCAUGUACACCAGCGCUUUGGAUUGGGUUCGUGUGCUGGACACAUGCGGCAUUCCUGCACAGCAACCUGCAUACCAAGCGGCCAUCUCGCCGAGUGAUGGCAUGAAGCAAGUCUUUGGAGCCGAGAGCCAUUCAAGCGUGAUAGUUCCAGCAGCGGGCAUUCCUGCUGCCGGCGGCCAGUACCGCCUCUGUUGGUGUGGUCAUGAGUCGAACUGCCUAGCUGCUGCCAGCUAUCGGGUGGACUUCGGCAGCAUAUCAUUGGCUGGGCCGUUGCAGGGACAAUUUCGGACAUGCGUCAGUGGUCAUUCUUGUGUAGUCAGUUCCAUUCUCGGAUACGACCUUUCGAAUGAGACUAGUUUCCUUGUCAUGGACACUUGCGGUCAGUCUGGCGCUGUCCAGGGAGCUGCCAUGAACUCGAGGAACGCCACACAAGGUCGAUGUGAUUCUAGCUUGAGCUUCAAAGUUAAUUUCGGCGGGUUGAUCAUGCGGGGCCCAUCGCCACUGUCGCAGACCUUUACAUGCAUUGCAGGGCACCCGUGUCGCUUCGACGGAGUCAGGGGUCAAGAUCUGUCCUUUGCCGACCAGUACUUGAUGCUGGACACUUGCAGUCGCAGUAGGCUCGCCUCGGAUGCCCUCGAUGCUCGCAUGACAUUUUCUGAGCAGCCUCUCAGUUCGUCACUCCAAAGUGAUGGAGUGGUGUUAGUUCCCGGUGGUCAGUACCGACUAUGUUGGUGUGGAGGGGCCGGCACUGCGAACUCGUCGCACCAUCUGUCUUGCAGCCUGCCGACCGACUACCUUGUGGACUUUGCAAGUAUUUCCGUGAUUGGACCCUCUUCCUUUGAUCAGGACAAAACGUGCAUUGCUGGAAUGAGUUGUGCGGUUCGAAACAUAGAGGGCUACUUUACAUCCAGCGGGUCUGGACUCAUGCUGCCAGAUGCACCGGUCAAUUCGACUUUCCGUUGGCUCUUGACAUCCACAUCUGCGCAAGGGGGCCAAUAUCGUCUGUGCUCGUGUGCUGAUGGCCAGGUGUGUUCAACCAUGGAGCACUUCACAGUUGAUGUGGGUGCCUUCUCUCUUCUGGGGCCUAUGCCGAUCCAGCAAGCAUUCACGUGCGUGGCUGGCCGUGAGUGUAACAUCGACCCCAUCACGGGCUUUCACUUGGACGAGAACAGGCUGGUUGUGUUGGAGACCUGUGGCUCGGAGAGAGGUGUUCUGCGCAUCCCCAACAGUGGCUUGGCCCUGGCUUCUGGCGGUGCAGCCACCUGGGGUCCUUUGCCUCUGACCGCUGCAGGGGGGCAGUACCGCCUGUGCUGGUGCGCAGACCUCGUCAUGAAGCCGAUCAACGAGUCAAACCACACUUCAAGAGGCUGCGGCAUCUUUUCAGACUAUACUUACGACAUCGGCAGCCUCAGCAUACUUGGGCCCAUGCCACUUGUGCAGAGCCGGACAUGUGUUAGUGGCCACAACUGCCAGCUUGAUGGCUUCACUGGGCACGGCCUCAGCAACCUGGACAAACUUCUGGUGAACCCACCGCCAUGGUGCCAAGAUGGAGCUUGGCGCCAGUUUUGCACACAUCAUGCUGGCGAUUUUGCCGUGGACAUGGGUGCCAUGUGGCUCCUUGGUCGGUUGCAAGACCGGACGUGCAUCAGCGGGCAGACUUGCUCAUCAAGCGGCAUGGUGGCUACGACAGGGGGUGGCGUGUUUGUAUCUGGUCGAAUCCACGUGCUUGACACAUGUGGACUGGUGGGAUUCUUGGAAAGGUUUCCCGCGGGUGGACUCAGUGGUGAGGUGCGGCAUGUGAAAGGCAUCGUGACCGCACCCCUUGCUGGAGAUCUGCUAGACGUUCGUGGCAUGUCCGUUGUAAGCUGGACCGCUGAAGCCUUGACAGUUUCAGCAGGCCAGUAUCGUCUGUGCUGGUGUGCCCUCCUUCCGGGUCCAACGAACAUCUCGAGCUGCAUCUUGACAUCCGAAUUCAGCGUUGACUUCGGAGCGCUAGACUUGUACGGCCCACUCCCCGGCCAUCGCCGCACAUGUGUCUGCGGAUACACCUGCUCAUUCGGCGGUAUUGCCGGCUAUGGCCUGAGCCAGAACGACACAAUCCUUGUGAUGGAGACUUGUGGCUCCAGUGAUAGCCCGCUUUCCUUGGAGUGGCUUUGUUCACCAGAUCUCUGCAAGUGGGUCUCGCAUGAGCUGGGGGGAGACAGCUAUCGCCUCUGCUGGUGUAGUCAGAGUGGUUCGUGCAGGAGACCCGAGAGUUUCCCUUUCGACUUUGGUGAACUCCUGCUGGUUGGGCCUGUGCAGGUGGAUCACACCUGUGUCGCCGGUCAGACCUGUUAUCUUGACGGCCUGCCCCGUACCUGGUCCGAGGUCAACUCGUACAUGAUUUUGGAGACCUGCGGCAUAGCCGAUACGCUUCUAAGUGUCAUCACUGCAAGUCCUGUUCUGUCGGCACAGGGCCAAGCGAACUGGGGCGGAAGCCCUCUGACCUCAGCUGACCUUCGGGCUGGCAUCUACCAGCUGUGCUGGUGUUACCGUUGGCACGCUGAUGAUGAUUGGUGCCAGCGGUACGGAAGUUUAGGGCGGACCUUGGACCUGCGCCCUUCACGCAGCAUCAGACGUGUGUCGGGGCACCUCUGCCGCCCCUCCGCUGGCAUCGAGCAUGCGAACAGCAGUGACAGCGUUGGGCUGCGCUACGAGGUGUUGGCAAUGGACACUUGCGGUGGAGUCUCCGUUCCUGGAGGCUUUCCGCUGCAGUGGAGCAGUAACAGCAGCUGGAAUGCAACAGCUGGCAGUCUCCUGAGUGCAUCGAUGCAGGAGCUCACAACAGCUCCUGGCGGCACAUAUCGCCUUUGCUGGGCCGGACCUGCAUCUCUGGGAGCUCCUGCAGCUUCGCCUUGGACUUGGAGCCGCUCGGCUGGCGUAGUUCGCGUAGCUCUGGAGCCAGAGCCAGAGCCAGAGCUCCUGAUCUGCGGUGUCGCUAAGCGGCGCAGUUCCUGGGGCCCUUGGGCUCCGCAGCCUGGCCCUGGUGCAAGCGCAAGCGCCCAAGAUGCGCCGCGCGGUGAGAUCUCCGAGUUCUUCCGGGUGGAUCUGGGCAGGUUCCUCGUGCUGGGUCCAAGCCUCAUCAGGCAGCCUUUUGCCAUGAUACCAGAGGUCCACAGAUCCGCCCCAGGCGUCCUGUCCAUCAGCUGGGGCACCGCAGCCCUUGUGCAGUCGGGCCCUGCACCCCUGCAGCAGCAGUUCACAUGCCUUGCAGGUCAAAGAUGCUCCUUGGAGAAUUUGUCCGGCUAUGGCAUGUCUGACGCUGGAGUCUUGCUUGUCAUGGAUACUUGUGGAAUCGCUUCCACGACGUUGCAGUUUGCACCGGGCGAGCCGGAGGGCCUUCUCAGUGACUAUGUCCUUCUCACAGAUGGAAGCUAUCGGCUCUGUUGGUGUGCGCUUCUUGGGAGCUCUAAUAGCUCUGGUUGUGACUUGCCUGCGUCUUUCUUGACUGUGUUGGACUUGCAGCCCCACAGCUUGACUGUCAGCUGGCGGGAAGAUGCCCUCUCCACACCGGGGGGGCAAUACAGACUCUGCUGGUGUGCCACCGGUGCACGGUGCCAAGAUGCAAGCUCUCUGCGAGUAGAUUUCAUGAGCCAGCUGGAGCACAUGGAAAUCGAGGGCGAGCGAGUGACUUGGGGCAACCUGCAGUUCAGCGCGGCUGGCGGAGCUUUUCGUCUGUGUUGGUGCGCAGGCAACAGCACAUGCCUCGUACCCGAGGACUUUCGGCUGGACAUCGGCCAGCUCCUGUUGAUUGGAUCAUGGUUCUGGACACGUGCGCGCAACCUGGAAACGCAACUCAAUCUGACGGAUGAACUGCGCGGCUCCACUUACGGUCCACUGAUGAACUUUGAACUGGCUGGAUACAUCAGUGCGCAGGGUGCCAGGUAUCGGCUCUGCUGGUGUGGAGCACAGGCGGCCUGCUCUUCAUCCGAGGACUUUUACGUGGACUUCGGGGAGCUCCAACUCCUGGGACCUUCGCUUGGGCAGAGCCAGACUUGCGUCAGUGGACAAGCGUGCUUCCUCAAGAAUCUCCUUGGUCACCACGUGCCAGACGGUGAAGGGGCAAUUUUCGACACUUGCGGCGUCCGCGGUGUGGCAUUGGAGGGUGUACACAUCUCGCAAGCUCUUGCUUCAGCACCAGCACAUGGUUCUGGCGUCUUGCUGUCAACAUUGACUGCCAGCGGAGGUGCCAUCACUGAUGUGUCAUGCGCAUCCAGCAGUUCGAACCUGGGAUAUCUGCUCCAUGAGUUCAUUGGCAUCGGCCGCUUCACGUUGCAGGGCCCGGCACCGCUCCAGCAAGACCGAACUUGCAUCGCGAGUCAAGAAUGCGAAGUGGAUGCCUUGACAGGUGGCCGCAGCUUGGUGCUCUUUUUGGAUCCUGUCAAUGAGGUAGAGUCUGCCACAGUGCAAGGCUUCGCCAGACCCUGGCAGGCCUUGCAGUCCGAGGCAGUACCGAUUGUGUUGGUGUGGGCACAAGCAGCUGGAGCAAUCGAAGCAACGAAAGCCUGGGCACCCAAGCGUCUCUUGGUCUCGGAGCCUGCGCACUUUCCCACGACUUGUAUUGCAGGUAGAACUUGCAACGCAGAGCGGAUUCGUGGGCAGAGCCUCAGUGCCUCUGACAGACUUCAGAUUCUCGCGACUUGUGGUGGGACGGUGCCACUGCGCUUUCCGAUGAACGGACUCAUUCUACACCUCAAUGCGUCUCAGCCACCCAGUGGUAUGGGACUUGGAUCCGAGAUCGUCUCCGCACCGGGCGGCCUGUACAGGCUGUGCUGGUGCAGUGGCUUGACGCCGUCUGGCUGCUUGCGUGGCACGGAUUUCCAAACUGAUCUGGGUGCCAUGGCCAUACUGGGGUCAGUCCCCUCCAGCAAGACCGAACGUUCAUCAGCGGCAGAGUAUGGGCUGUGGAUUCUCUGCUGGGGCUUGAGUGAGUCUGACUGCUACAUGAUCUUGGACACCUGUGGUCAAGCUGUCACAACCGUCGGCAUUGGUAAGGCAAGCUUCAGCUCACAUCCGAGGAUCAGCUGGGCGGAUUCAUUGACGGCAGCUGGUGGCGAGUACCGAUUGUGUUGGUGUUCUGGACUGCCGUCACCGUCGACGGAUGACUUCAACACAUCCAAGACGUCCAGCAUGACCGGAAACGUGUCCGUAUGUUCGGUAUCCUGGGACUUUGGCAUCGAUGCCGGCAAGCUUCUCUUGCUGGGGCCGGCACCUCUUUUCCACCGCAGCACGUGUGCGGCAGGCCAGACAUGCGCCAUCAAUGUCGCUGGGACGGGACUAUCAUCUGCAGAUCUGCUGUUGGUGCAAGAUACCUGUGGUCAGCUGUUUGCAUCGACUCCUUUCGCAAGCCCAAGCAGCUUGCGCCUGUCAUCGUACAACAGCAGCAACAUCAACGCCUCGUUUUUGGAUGCAACUCGAUCAGCAACUGCUUAUCUGGGCCGAAGUGUCACGGCCGGGGAAUAUCGCCAAUGCUGGUGCCAGCGCAUGUCAAACAUGUCGGACUGUCGUGUCGAUCAUUCUGACGUCGACUUCGGGGUGCUGCAGAUCUUCGGCCCAACCCUGCAGCAGGACCGUACAUGCGUAAGUUCGAUGGCCUGCCAGAUAAGCGGGAUCGAGGGCACCGGUUUGGGCAGCGGUGAUUGUUUGAUGUUAUUGGAGACUUGCUCUUCCGGAGCCAUGCUGGAUGCUCUUCCGGCAGUGCCCUCGUCAACUCUCUCAGGCUCGAGCUUCGACUGGACUGCCAACUUGACAGAGAUUCUCAUGAGCUCACCAGGUGGCUUGUACAGGCUCUGCUGGUGUAUGCGCGGAUAUCCGUGUGAUCUGAUCGAGCAUUUCGUCGUCUACAUGGGUGCUCUGCAUGUGAUCGGAAGCUUCCGACUCUGUUGGUGUGUUGAGAAGCUGCCCCAAAACUUGACCAACUACACGAGCUGUGCCAUUUCAUCCGACUUCACUGUGGACAGGGGGAUGUUGCACGUCAUGGGUCCUCUUGCAGGGGACACGCAGCAGCAAUUCACAUGCGUCGGCGGCCAGCGCUGCACUUUAAGUCCUAUCAGGGGCUUGCAUCUGCUGUCCGGAGAUCGGGUCUUGGUCAUGGACACCUGUGGCGUUCAGGAGAUGCCGGCCAAUGUAUCCGGUACUUUCGGCGUCGGUGGUCUUCGUAAUUCUGUGCUGGUGUGGGAUGUUGAGGAGCCAAAGCAUGUCCACAUCAAAUCACACUUCCAAAAUACCUGCGGAUUGCAAAACGGAUGCUGGUGGACUCAGUAUAUUAUCCCCCGCAUUGCAUCAGCAUCGAACGUGUGUCAGUGGACAAACUUGCUCCCUGGACGGAAUCACUGGUUACUCCUUGUCCCCGAACGAUGCAAUCAUGGCCUCGACACAUGCGGAGCUCCCUCGGGUGUCAUCAAUAUGCUGGCGACAGCAGCCGUUGUCUCACACAGUGGUGCUGCAGCUAGAUGGGAUGCAGCUGUGGUAACCGCGGCUGGUGGCAUCUACCGACUGUGUUGGUGCGCCGGCCUGCGCGUUGAGGAAGGCUUUACCAACUCUUCGUCAUGCCGAACUCCGGUGGGCUUCACCGCGGACUUUGGGGACCUGCAUCUUAUUGGGCCUAAUCCGUUGGACGCCACUCGCACCUGCAUUUCUGGACCAUGUGUGACAGCGGCUUUGGAAGGCUUUCACCUGUCCGUUCACGACCGCUUCGUGAUUCUGGACACCUGCGGUCAAAGGCUUGCCGUGGUUGCAGGCGCAGGCCUGGCGUUCUUGCAGGGUCAGCAUGUGCAAGGCACCUUUGUUGGCAUGGCCUGUUGA